CGCGUUCAGAUCAAGACUGAAGAUUAUUUUUAAGAGACUGACAAUUAAAUUUAUUAUAAUGCAAAAAUUAAUCUCGUCAAUUAUUUUCUUGUUUUUGUCACUUAUUGAUGCUCAACAAAUUUGUCAAGAUUAUUACUACCAACCGGGAUUUUGUGUUCCAUUGGAGUCAUGUCCUUCGUUACUUCAACUUAAUCGUCGCUCAUUUGCCGACAGACAAAUUUUGAGUUACAACGUUUGUUCGGGAGUUUAUGACAAAAUACCGAAAUAUUGCUGUCAAGAUGCCAGAAAUGUGCAAAAAAUUGAAAAAAUUACAACAACAACGACGACAAAGAGGCCUGCAGUGCCAUCCAUAAGCUCUUCAGGCUCGUUACCUGUGCCUGGAAGCGGAAAUUGCGGUUUGCAUGUGAACGACAAGAUUUUUGGAGGCAAUCAAACGGGAAUUAGUGAACAUCCGUGGAUGGCGAUGUUGCAAUAUACUUGGAUGAACGGCAGAAAAUCUUUCCAUUGCGGCGGUGCACUUAUCAACGAUCGUUACGUUUUGACAGCAGCUCAUUGCAUUUCACGUCGAGCAACGUACGAUAAACCUCGUUUAACUGGCGUUCGGUUGGGCGAAUGGAACGUCGACACAGAUCCCGAUUGUCAAGAAUUCGGUUUCACCUCAGAAUGUUCGCAACCGCCUCAAGAUUUCGCCAUUGAAGAGAUGAUCGUGCAUGAAGGGUAUCAAACUGGAUCGCCUGGAAGCCCAAAUGACAUUGCUCUUGUGCGUCUUUCACGCGCAGCACGUUUUUCGCCCUUUGUGAGGCCUUUAUGUCUUCCAACAGCGACAGAGUUACAAACCAAAAUUGACUUUUCCGGCACAAAAUUUGAAGUUGUUGGAUGGGGAAUGACAGAAAAAGGCUUUAAAAGUUCAAUAAAAUUAAAAGUUGAUGUUCCUUAUGUCUCGAAAGAGAAUUGUCAAGCAGCGUGGCCUCGAAAAACCCUGAUGGAAACGCAAAUUUGUGCCGGAGGCGAAGAAGGAAAAGAUUCGUGUAGCGGAGAUUCGGGAGGACCGUUGAUUACGCAACAUGCCGAUAACGAAGGGAAUCGAUAUUUGUAUGCGGCGGGCGUUGUGAGUUGGGGUUCGAAGGCUUGCGGUUUGGAAAAUGUACCUGGCGUUUACACGAGAGUUGGGGCUUAUGUUGAUUGGAUUUCGAGUAAAAUUAGAGAAUAAAGAGAUUUUUAAAAAUUAUCAAAAAUAUUCUAUUAGCAGUCAAGAUAAGCAUUAAAAUUUAAUAUAAAAUUUAGAAAAAUUACUUAUUUUAAUUUUCAUGGCUUUUGAAAUAAUUUUUAGUUUAAGAUUUAGUCAAAAGUCAAUCAACUUUUGAUUUUUUUCUCGAAGUUUAGAAAAAAAAUUGUAAAAAUAAAAUUUUAAAUUUUUAAGUAAAAUAAUUUAAUUUAAGUCACACCAAAAAUUACUUUUUAUUACCCUUAAUA